UCGAUGGGUAUCUAAACAAGUGCGUACGUUGCCUCAAGAAAUAAACUAAAUUGCAACCUUUAGUUUUUGAUUUAACUCGUCUCUGCGUAAACGUGCGGAAUGGGGAUUGGCGUCGCCUUUACUUAGGUAUAUAGAGAAAGCGGUUUUUCCCGGCGGAUCCCACUACCUGACCAAUACGUCAAUUAAUUUUUAAAAAAAUGCUUUACGGGAGUUCUUCGUAAUAAGUCGUUACCAGGCUUGCCAUACACUAAAAUGGAAAUAUUUUGAUAUAAACGCGCGACGCUGAAGAUAUUUGAAUUCACUUCAGCACGAGCUUUGGUACCAGCUGAAAGUAUGUGCGAUAUUUAAGUUAUUCAUCAACGGACUUUAGUUUAAUUAGUGCUUGGUGCUUUACUUAGUGAAACAUAAAUCUCACAAUGAAGCUGUCCAGUAAAAUUUAUAAUGAACGCUACCUAUACCAGUACCUUUCAACAGUAGCAGGCUCUUUCGCCGUUUUAAGUUUCGGUGUCAACUUAGGAUGGACCUCCCCAUACAACCCCCAAAUUAUCAACGGGACCUUUCCGGACAUCACCAUGACGAGCGAAGAGGGUUCGUGGAUCGCAGUGAUGCCACCGUUAGCAACGCCGGUCGGUGCAGUGAUUGGGGCGCUGCUGGUCGAUCGCAUCGGAAGAAAGCACACGACCCUUCUGAUGGCGCCCUUCACCUUGGCGAUGUUCAUCCUGUUGGCCUUCGCCAAAUCCGUUAUACUCAUCGGCUUUUCAAGAUUCGUAAUCGGUGUCGCAGAAGGCACUCUGUACACGACCUUGCCGAUGUACUUGGGGGAAAUCUCCGACCCCGCCAUUAGAGGCAUCCUAACUGCAAGCAUCGGGUUCGCAGUUCUGCUGGGAACGCUACUCAUCAACGUUUUCGGAUUUUACUUCUCAAUAUUCGUAACGUCGCUGGCCUGCUGCUUGAUACCCAUAAUUCACUUCUUCACCUUCAUGUGGAUGCCCGAAUCUCCCUACUACCUGAUCAAGAAGAAGAGGUACGACGAAGCCCGAAAAGCGCUAGAAGUGCUUCGAGGAGCCAUGGACAUCGAAGGGGAGAUGAAAUCGUUAUGCGACGCGGUCACUCGACAGGAAGCCGACGAAAAGGCAAGCUGGACGGACAUUUUCACGAUAAAAAGCAAUCGCCGGGCGGCCUUUAUCUUCGUAAUUCUAUGCUUGACGCGCAAAUUCAGCGGUAACAACCCGUUCCUC